UUCUACUACGGCACUUUUGAGCGGCCUUGGCUUCGUCAUCGCGCGCUCGCGAAGAUGGCGGCUACGACGCUCGAAUUUCGAGCGGAGGCUUCUGCCCCGCCUAGUGCAUUUGAUGUUGACGGCCCUGAAUUUUUGACCUGGGUCAUCGGUGGUGCUUGGUGUGGUUACCCUCGCAACGACCCGCUCCGAGUAACGCAACUGGUAUCUGACGUGGCAAUGAGUCUGGCGUACUUCUCCAUUCCUGUGCAGAUCUUCUACUGCUGCAGACAUGUCCCCACUCUUCCUAAUACUCUGCGCCGACUUCUUCAGCUCUUUGCCGCAUUCAUUUGGUUCUGCGGUUGCUCGCAUCUAGUCACCGCUUGGACAUAUAGUCCACACACGGUGGCCGUUUUGCUGUUGCUGGUCGCCAUCAAGAUUGCGACGGCUGCCGUGUCGGCUGCUACCGCCGUAGUCCUCGUCAGGGUCUUCCCCUCAGUACUGCAUCUCGACAGUCUAAGGGCAUCGCUGCAAGAAAAGGCAAACGGUCUGGCGCGGGAGUUGGACGAGGUGCGGGAGCUCGGGAACAAGUUCCACAUAGAGCGCAUGUUGGUACGUCAGGUUCAUAAUUCGUUGGAUCGGGAUACUAUAUUCAGGUCGGUGUUGACGGAGCUGAGGCGUGUCUUCUCUCUUGCUGGGUGUUUUCUACUUGCAUACCCUGAUUGCGCCUCGAGCAGUGAUCAGCUGAUCGUCACGCAUGAGGACUGGGACACGGACGUGGUGAGGCCAUCAUCAGCGACGGCGGCGGCGGCGACGCCGGGGCCGGCGGGCCACGUGGCGUCCCCCAGGGUAGUCCGCAAGAACGAUCCCGCGGUGCGACAGCUUCUCCUGAAGCGAUCGGCAGGACCGACUACGUUCCGCGGGAAGGUGGGGAAAUCUCUGCUGGGGGCAAUUUCCCCUCCAUUCUCCAUCCCCCCUCCGCGGGGUGACGAGGAUCCAGUGGUAGGUGUUCGCUUCCGGCUGCCCAUGGCACCGGAUCCCGACUUUAUGGAUUCUAGCGCCGGGGUCCUUGAGGAGAGUUGGGAGAGAGAGACGCCGGGGGCGCCACCGGAGAACCAUUCGAAAGAAAGCAUCAUGCAGAAGAAUCUUAGCCAUGUUGCCCUGCAGAAGGGACCGAGCAUCUCUGCCGCGCGGCGGCAAAUCACCAACGUGGGCGCUGGACUGCUGCGGCAAAAGCGCCUUCAACCUGGACGAUGGAUUGGGCAUCCUGUCGAGUACACGGACAAGCACGCGGAGGACAAGCACGCGGAGGACAAGCACGCGGAGGACAAGCACGCGGAGGACGAGCACACGGGGAAGGACACGAACGUGGACAGGGAAAUAUGUGCGGGGACAGAUGCGAGCCGCGGCGAUGAGAUGGACUUGGAAGCAGGACUGCCAACUGCAGGAACCUGGAGGCAGGUUGUUGCGUCGGGAUGCCCUCGAGGUAAGUGGAGUGAGAUAGAGGAGCACCCGCAUCUGGGUUUUGCAAAGGAUGGGGAGGGGGCGGAGGCUGUGGGAGGGAAUUUGGAUAGCCAUCAUAGCCCGGAUAGGGAUGACAGUAGGAUACGGUACUCUUGGGCAAUCCUGGUUCUAGUUCGACCCUCCGAAAGAGCGACACGAUGGGAUUCCCGCGAUCUGGCCACGAUUGCAGCGGUGGGUGACCAGCUGGAGGUUGCCUUGGCACAUGCAGCAGCUGUCGAGGCUACGCAAGCUAACAUGAUCCGCAUCAGCAGGGCGUGCUGCGCUCUCCGAGAAGCGGAAGGCUUGAAGCGGACUGCUUUCAGAUAUCACGAUCAAUUUCUGGAAGUUAUGAAUGAUGAGCUGCGCCCGCCGCUCAAGCCGAUAGCAAACGCUCUGCGCGUGCUCCAAGAGGCUAACCUACCGACUGAGCUCAGGGACAUGGUGAAGAUGGUAGCCACCAGCUCCGACGACCUUCUCGAUCUGACUAAUGAUGUAGUGGAUUUUUAUUCCCUGCAGAGGGGUGUGUUUCAUCUCAAGCUUCGCUGCUUCAAUUUCCGCGAGCUCAUGGCAGACGUUACAGAGGCGGUGAAGAGUUAUGCGGCUGAGCACCGUGUGCAGGUCUCUUUUGUCGUCCCCGAACACCUGCCUGCCUCGCUGACCGGCGAUCGAGGCCGCAUCGCUGACGUCUUUCGGCACAUCAUAGUCAACGCAUGCAAGUUUGGUCAUAACAAACCAGUCGUCGUGUCUGUUUCUGUUUCCAGUGUUUCUGUUUCCAUAGCGCCCGCUGGAAGGCCUGCGGAAUCUGCCGAUGGCGCCUGCUGCGGACUGAAUUCGCCUCCCAUCCCGACAGGAAGCCCGUCGGGCAAGCGAGCGGGUUUGGAGUCUCAACAAGAGGGUGUCAUUUUGACGCCACGUCCACGGGAGAGGAGCGGAGGAACAGGAAAUUGUGGGAGUUGUCCUGUACGGGAGGGUAGGGGAGUAAGAAUUGGCGGGAGUUGUUUAAUACAAGAGGGCGGGAAAGAAAGCAUUGGCGGGAGUUGUUUCAUACAGGAGGGCGGGAAAGAAAGAAUUGGAGGGAGUGGUUUAGUACAGGAGGGCGGGAAAGAAAGAAUUGGCGGGAGUUGUUUAAUACAGGAGGGCGGGAAAGAAAGAAUUGGCGGGAGUUGUUUAAUAGGUCAGGGAACCGGCGGGAGCUGUUCAUUUGCUGGGAAGCCAGGCUGCAGCCACACCGUCUGUGGCAGCAAUGAUGGGGCGACAAACUCUGUCAUGUCAGACGACAAGCCGUCCUGUCGAACAGGGUUUCCGAUGGACAAGAAAUUAGAAACGGAACUGCGGAGCGGGGGUUCGAUGCAGGUAUCUGUUCAGGUCCGUGAUCAAGGGAUAGGCAUCGAACCGCACCUGAUACCGUGUCUCUUUAAGGAGUUUGUUCAAGCUGACACCUCUACGAAGCGCAAGCAUGGAGGCAUUGGGCUAGGGUUGUCGAACUGUCGAGGCAUAUGCCAGCUUCAUGGUGGCGAUAUCCACGUCGAAAGCGAUGGGAUAGGCAAAGGAACGACUGUCACGUUCUCCGUGCUGGUUGGAGUUGCUGAAGCACACGCGGUGCAUCAUCAUCACAGAGAAUCGGGCAUGCCGAGCCUGGAUCAGUCGUCAGCAAUGGAAUGCAGCAGGCCUGAUUUGUUGGAAAAACAAAUGGUUGCUUUGUAAGUUCAUCCUGUGCUGACGUGCCUAAGCUGCAGUGCCUGUCCCCGGUGCAUCAUCAUCACAGAGAAUCGGACAUGCCGAGCCUGGAUCAGUCCUCAGCAAUGGAAUGCAGCAGGCCUGAUUUGCUCGAAAAACAAAUCGUUGCUUUGUAA